CUCUCUCCCAAUUCACAACCAUUCUCACCAACCAAAAAAAACCUUUGCCACCCUAUAUUCUUCAAUCUAACAUAGUGGUCUCUGAAUUUUAUUCAAGGAUUGUUUGAGCAAUAGUAUGGAGAUUCAAGAGCUCAACAUCAUCAAUCUACAAAACCCAUCUCUAUUUUCUCGAAAUUUCUCGCAUUCGGGUACUGGGAAAGUGCCUCAAGUCUACAGUUUCUGGAAAUGGGGUGCUUUGAUUCUCGCACUUGUCGCUACUUUCGGCGGCAUAAUCACCCGAAUCAAGCUAUCAAUCGUUAGAUUUUGUAAAUUCAAUUUGUUAGCUUCCUCAGGACCUCUUACACAACACAUCGACCACGUAUUCGACUCCGAUGAAGACGAUUCCACUUCUUCUGAUUCAUCGGACGACGACGAGCCCACCACGUCCUCUCAAGAUCGCCACCCAAUCGACGAAGAUUUUCGCGUCGCGGGUUCGAGCUGUUACAGCGGCGUUAGACGGAAGCUCCGGCGGCGGCGCAGCCUCGGCGGGGAUCGGUUCUCGUGGUCUGACUUCACUAGCGGCAAGAGCGUUGUGAAGCUCUGGGACAAUCUAGGGUUAGGGUUAGAUUUCGAUGAAGAAUUUUCUGAGAGUGUGGUUUCGCUUUGGGAUUUGAACGAAGAUCGGAAAAUAAGAUCGCUUUCCGGCGAGAGAUCUCGGAUUUCGGCGAUCUCUACGUCGUCGCAAUCGCCAGCGGUGAUUUUCUCGACUGGAUCGAAGAACAACGACAAUAUUUUCUUGGGGGUUUUUGAUACGAGGAUCGGAAGUCAGAUUCCGGCGAUGUACGCCGACUGGUCUCCGCGGAGGGGGACGGUGGUGCGUAUCAAUUCCGGCGGCGGCGGAGAGAAGUUUUAUGUCGGAGAUGACGUGUCCGGCACGUUGACGGUGGGUGAUAUGAGGAAGGUUAAGUUGCCGUUAGAGGAUCUGACGGAAUCUGAGGGAGAUACUUGGUGGGAUGCUGACGCCGUUAUUGUCUCGGAUGAGGUAGUUGACGAUUCCGUGCAAUGGGAGGUUAUUCACUGUCGUGAUGAGGCAAAGUGAGGCGGUGUUGUGUAGUGUGUUGUAUAAAGGGCAAAACUGUCCGGAAAUAAUUUUACGAAAGUUCAUUAAUCUGUAAAUAAUUGUUUAUUUCUUCACUUCUGGUAAUUUCUAAUAAAAGAAAAAAAAAAAACUUAUGAUUAUUCUUUGCA